AUGCCAGAAAAUUUGCAACACGACGUGCUGAUUGUCGGUGCCGGCCUAGCUGGGAUGCGAGCCGCCAUUGCGGCCCGCGCCGCCGGAGCCAACACCGCCAUCAUCAGCAAGGUGCACCCGGUGCGGAGUCAUUCCAACGCCGCCCAAGGUGGCAUCAACGCGGCACUGCUGGACCGCGGCGAUGAUUGGGAAGACCACGCCUACGACACCAUCAAGGGCAGCGACUACCUGGGCGACCAGGACGCCAUUGAAGUGAUGUGUCGACAGGCCGGCGCUUCGCUUAUUGACAUGGAGCACAUGGGGGUUACCUUCAACCGGGACGACGAGGGACGGUUGGGCACGCGGGCCUUCGGCGGUCAGCGCCGCGCCCGCACCUUUUUCGUCGGCGACUUCACCGGACAAGCCCUGCUCCACGUCAUGUUCGAGCAACUAAUCAAAUCCGGCGUGCGCCGCUACGAAGAGUGGUUUGUUACAUCGCUCAUCAUGGAAGGCGGGCAGGCCGCUGGCGUCAUCGCCCUGGAUAUCCGCACCGGUGAGUUGAACCUGAUCAAGGCCAAGACCGUUAUCUUCUGCACGGGCGGUUGCGGCCGAUUGUUUGAGCCCAGCACCAAUGCACUCAUCGUCACCGGCGAUGGUAUGGGCCUGGUCUACAACGCUGGCGGCCAGUUGAUGGACAUGGAGAUGGUUCAGUACCAUCCCACCACGCUGGCGGGUAGCGGGGUGCUGAUUUCCGAAGCGGCCCGGGGUGAAGGCGCUUACCUGCGGGACAAAGACGGCAAUCGGUUCAUGGAGAAAUACGCCCCCAACAUGAUGGAACUGGCCUCUCGCGACGUCGUCUCCCGUGCCGAACAAACCGAGAUCAACGCUGGAAACGGCGUCGACGGAUGCGUGUACCUGGACUGUACCCACCUUGGCGAAGCGCUAAUCAUGGAGAGGCUCAGCCAGAUCAGGGAAAUAGGGGUCGAUCUGGCCGGCGCAGACAUGAUUCGCGAACCGAUUCCAAUCCGCCCCGGUAUGCAUUACAUAAUGGGCGGUAUCAAGACCGACAUCGACGGGUUGACCAAUCUGGAAGGCGUCUACGCUGCCGGCGAGUGCGCCAACGUCAGCGUGCACGGCGGCAACCGCCUGGGCGCCAAUUCGCUCCUCGACACAAUCGUGUUCGGCGAGCGGGCGGGCAACCACGCCUCAACCGCGGCCCGCGGCAGGAACUACGUCGAAUUCGACGCUGGCGCGACUUUGGCUCGGGAAUCCCGGCGGAUCCAGGAAAUGCUGGACCGCCCCAACAAUGGAGACCGUUGGGCCUCGGUCCGCAAGGACAUGGGCGACUCCAUGAAUCGCAACGUGGCGGUGUUCCGUAACGAGGAAGGCAUCCAGGAAACGCUGGGCGAGCUGCACAACCUGAAGCGGCGCUACGAAAAUGUGCCCGUCCACAACAAGGGCAAGCGGUUCAACACCGACCUGGUCUUUGCCCUGGAACUAGGCUAUAUGCUGGAUUGCGCUGAAACCAUCGCGAUCGGAGCGUUGGAGCGGCGAGAGAGCCGCGGCGCCCAGUUCAGGGUUGACUAUCCUGAUCGGAACGACGAAGAAUGGUUGCACCACAUCGUCGUCAGCGAGUCCGAAUCGGGGCCGCAAGUUUCUGAAUUACCGGUCACCAUCACCAAGUGGACACCAGAAGAGAGGAAGUACUAG